CAGCAAUCGUCUCAUGCCAGACUCUAAUCCAUCCAUUGGUAUUCAAUUGAGCCGCACGUUUUUACUCCCCUGAUCCCAGAGUAACCCUAAUCCAACCAUGACCGUUUUCAAACUCCUCGCGGCAUUAGCGGUCUUCGCACUAGGCGUGACCAAUGCUGCUCCUCAGAAUCGCUCCGCUCAAACCUUUGACUACAUCGUCGUCGGGGCAGGCUCUGCCGGACUGACCGUGGCCACUCGCCUGUCUGAAGAUCCGUCUGUCUCCGUGGCCAUCAUUGAGGCGGGUACGUGGGUCGAAUCGGUGACAGGCAACCAGAGCCAGAUUCCCGGACAUGACUUUUACUACACUGGAAAAUCGCCCAACGACACAAACCCCAUGGUUGAAUGGGGGUUCGUCACCACUCCACAAGCCGGAGUAAAUGGCCAAUCCACUCACUACAGCCGCGGCAAGUCGCUCGGGGGUUGCACCAACCUGAACUACAUGGGCUACACCGAAGCCACCCAAGGCUCACUGCAGCUGUGGGCUGACACUGUGGGGGAUGCCUCAUAUGCCUACAAUGCCUCGUCCUACUAUUACCGCAAGAGCAUGAACUUCACUCCGGCCAACACCCAGCUCCGUCUCGCCAACGCCACCACGUCCGAGUCUGCCGGCAGCACGGCCACCGGGGGGCCGCUACAUAUCACCUAUCCCUCGUGGGCACAGAGCUUCAGCACCUGGAUCUCCCUCGCCAUGGACGCCAUGGGCAUCCGGUCCACCGACACCUUCACCAACGGGCGUCUAAACGGCUCGUCUUGGGUGGCCCUCACCAUCGACCCAACCACCGGCCACCGCGCCUCCGCCGCAACCACCUUUCUCGCGGGCGCCGUCCACCGACCCAACCUACACAUCUUCGACCUCAGCCUGGCUGAACGCAUCCUCUUCAACGACCACCGCGUGGCCCAUGCCGUCGAAAUCACCCGCCUGACCAACACCACCCAGCCCACCAACGCGACCACAACCCUCCACGCCCGCCGCGAGAUCAUCCUCUCUGCCGGCGCCUUCCAAAGCCCUCAACUUCUCCUCGUCUCCGGCGUCGGGCCCGCCUCCCUCCUCCAAGAACACAAUAUCCCUCUCAUCGCAGAUCGCCCCGGUGUCGGCCAAAACAUGAGCGAUCACCCCUUCUUCGGAAUCGCCUACCGUGUGAACCUCCAAACCUCCACCGCCCUACAAUACGGCGACGCCAACGCCCUCGCCACCGCCAUCUUCAACGCCAACGGCACCGGGCCCCUCGCCAGCCCGGGCGGCGACUUUGCCGGCUACGAGAAACUCCCCGCCUCCCUUCGCACUUCCUUCUCCAACACUACCCGUGCCCAUCUCGAUAGUCUGCCCUCGGACUGGCCCGAGAUCCAAUACCUCACCCUCCCGAACUAUGUCGGGGACUUUGAAUCCAGGACCGCUUCCGCUCCGACGGAUGGAUACCAGUAUGCUACGCUGCUGGCUACGCUCAUCGCCCCGUCGUCCCGUGGGAAUAUCAGCAUUUCUUCGUCGAGAAUGUUGGACCCGCCAUUGAUUAACCCGAACUGGUUGACCACGCAGCAGGAUGUCGAGAUGGUUGUGGCGGCGUUUAAGCGUCUCAGACAGAUCAUGGAAGCGCCUGUCAUGGGGAAUGUGACGAUCGGAGAGGAGUAUUAUCCUGGACGGGAAGUAACGACAGAUGAAGAGAUCCAUGCUCAGAUCCAGAAGAGUUUCAACACGAUGUAUCAUGCGAGUACGUCGUGUCGGAUGGGGAAGAAGGAGGAUCCGUGGGCGGUGGUGGAUCAUCGGGCGAGGGUGUUUGGGGUGCAGAAUUUGCGUGUUGUGGAUGCUUCUGCCUUUCCGUUUUUGCCUCCGGGGUUGCCGCAGGCUACAAUAUAUAUGCUGGCGGAGAAGAUCGCGGAUGACAUUAAGCGGGGGCGAUGAAUGAGAGCUUGGUUGUGUUGGAGCU